UUUUAGUUAUGUGGGGAAGCUGAACAAUGUGGAACCAGGAUAUUAUGCCGGCUGGGUGUCAACAUGGAGGCGACCGAGGAGAGACGUUUCUGAAGGAGACUCGUUCGUUCUUUCAGUCUCCAUGCUAAUUGUCAGUAUGGUGGGUCUACCAUGAGGUGUGUUCGCUGCCUGUUGCGGCUGCAGAGUCUGGGCGUCCGUGGCCCGUCAGGCCGGCCUGGCCCUCAGUAUGCCGCCCUGCUGCAGCCAGCCUCGAGCCCGCCCCAAGGCCAGGUGCUGAGGCAUUUCCAUGGCAGCCCGGCUUGCGCCAAGAGGCCUGUACCCGCGGACUUUUUUGAUGAAGGCGAGGGGAAGAAGGACAAGUCGCUGGUCACCCACGAUGACCUGUUUGAGCGAGUUGCCCGGGACGCCAAGACCAAGGCCACAUUUAACAAGGUGCUGGACGUUUUUACCAAGAAGGACAUCAGGCGCCGGGGUCAUGUGGAGUUUAUUUAUGCUGCCCUGAAGAAGAUGCCGGAGUUCGGGGUGGAGCGGGACCUCGCCGUCUACAACAAGUUGCUAGAUGUUUUCCCCAAAGAGGUUUUUGUGCCCAGGAACUUUAUCCAGCGAAUGUUUAACCACUAUCCCCGACAGCAGGAGUGUGGAGUGCAAGUCCUGGAGCAGAUGGAGAACUACGGCAUAAUGCCAAAUGUGGAGACCAAGGUGCUGCUUGUCCAGAUCUUUGGGGAGAAGAGCCACCCCAUGAGGAAGUACCAGCGCAUCAUGUAUUGGUUCCCCAAGUUCAAACACUUGAACCCGUUCCCCGUGCCCCUGCAGCUCCCUGAGGACCCGGUGGACCUGGCUCGCCUGAGCCUGACCCGCAUCGCUGACGACCUGGAUGCUAAAGUUACCGUCUACCAGAUGCCCAGCACAGACAUCACAGAGGCCGGAGAAGAGAUUACACUUCCUCAUAUUGUAGGGAUCCAGAGUCCUGACCAGAUCGAGCUGCUGGCCAAGCACAACCCCAGCAGGCCCGUGUUCGUGGAGGGCCCUUUUCCUCUCUGGCUGAGGAAGACCUGUGUGUACUACUACAUCCUGAGAGCCGACCCAGCACCCCUUGAAGAGAAGACGGAGGAGCCCUAUGAUCCAGAGAGGUGCUUCGACUACCCUCUGCAGCUAAAUCUGGAGUUGAGCCGCGACCUGGGAGAUGAUGAGAGCUUCGAUGUAGACGACUUGGAUGAAGGCCCAGUCUUCGCCAUGUGUAUGACGGGCCGGGGAGACCAGGCCACCCUCAACCAGUGGAUCUCCGGCCUCCAGCAGAACAACCCCAUCCUGGGCCAGAUUCCCACCCUCUUCCGCCUGGACGCCGGCCCGCGGGAGCUGCAGAGCGUGGCCGACUCGGACCCAGGCCACGGCUACAGGACGGGGCCGCAGAGUGAAGCCCAGGACGGGGCGGAACCAUCACCCGAAGCAGAGCCGGACAUUAUCGUGGAGGAGGAGCCCCGCAGAAGCCAGGGGAUGAAGCAGUGAGCGACAAUAGGACUGUGAGCAGCAGGCGGCAGGGUCGAGCCAUAGUGUGCUUACGUCGUCCUGUCAGCUCAUCUUCAUCACAGGUAUUUUUGAUGUGGACAUCCACGCUGGGACAGAGGAGCUGAGCCCCAAACGCUACAAAGCAGUACAAUAUAAAGAAGGCUCUGGGAAAUAUCAGCCGAGUUUAGAGCUCUGAAAACAUUUGACAUCAGCUCUGAGCAUCAUACAGGUUCCCUAUUUGAAUGUCUUGCUUGAGUUAGCAAGUUCAUUUAAAUAAAAUUGUCUAGUUUUACAUGUCAACCCAUUAUAGGCAGUGACUAUAGCUGGGUUUCCAUUCAAGAAAUGUUUUUGCAAAUCAUACUGUAUUGAAUUAAAGAAGCUAAAUGGAAACAGUGAAACCCAUUAAAAAAUGUCCUCUGUAUUGCAGACAAGUUUUCAGGAUGGCUUGAAGCAGAAUAUCUUCUUGUCACUAAAUUAAUUAGCAGGUUUGGUGUGAUGGGCACAAUGAAGGGGAACAGAGGAGGAACUGGAAAAUUCCUCUCACAACAAUUCAUUUCAUCCCAACAGUGAAUUUUCUGGACCGUCUAAUAUUUCUGUACACUCUUAGACCACCAUGACUUCUGUUUAAGUCUGCGUCACGGUUGUAUGGCUAUUUAUUUAUCGAUAAGAUAUUGCAUUUUUUUUCUUUUCAUGUUAAAGGAGCAUGGAUUAUGACACAGAUUAGCCAGUACCAAACAACAAUCCUCGUUAAAAAAAAAAAACCCAUUAUUUAUCAGCUCUUGAGAAUCUUUGUGGUGGAUCUCUUGUUUUUUGGGGACAUUCAGGAAAUUCAUUUAUUCUCUUUGACCCAUUUUAUGUACCGAAGAAGACUAAUUUCAGAAUAUUCUGAAAUUAGUCUUACAAUACAGAGAAAUAAGAUUUUUGACUUUAAUCUCAGAAUUGUGAUAUUAAAUCAGAAUUCUAAGAUUAAAGUCACAGUUCUCAGGAAAAAGUCAGAAUCUCAAAAUUCUCAGAUUACCGUCAGAAUUCUGACUUUAUUCUCAGAACUCUGACAAUCUCAGAACACAUUUUUUUUAUUUUCAUGUAGCCCUAAUCCUCUUCUGCGCUUGUGGACAUGCACCAGAUCUAAUUUUAUUUAUGGUAACAUUUUAAAAGUUUGUCUAAAAUUAUCGUGACAGUUGGAUGGAAACACAGCUCAUGUCUGACAGGCAAAAAUAGGUCACGGUUGAUGCGUGGAUGAUUUGCUGCUAGAAUGCAAGUGCAUAUGUAAUUAUUUACAUAGGAACUUGUCCUUUGUCUGACAUUAAGUCAGUGAGCAGGUGGGGCUUCAGUGUUUUGCUCAAGGGCACAUUGCCAGCCUGGAACCUCAGACCUUCAGGUUAUGGAAGAGACUCUGAAAACUAGCAGGCUUAACUGCAAGUUUUGCAGUGAAGCCAAGUAUACUGUCUAAAUAUGGUCUAUAAUAUACCUAUUAAUAUAUGCUCUUAAAUGGCAUUUCAGUGCUUACAGCCUUCAGAAAGACUAUUUGAGCAAAUUAAAUGUACUGUGUGUCAGUCACAAGUCAUCACAAAUAAAAAUCCCUUUGUAGUUCUGUU